UGCGAUCGCCAAUCAACGGCGCCAUAGCUGUAGAAGUCCGCGUUGCCGUGGCGUUGAGGAUCCUGGCUGGCGCUAGUUACUGGGAUGUUGCCCUCAUGUUUGGCUUGUCGGUGCCGACCACGUACCAGAUCUUGUGGUCGGUGAUCGACGCCAUCAACAAGAUGCCUGCGGGUUGGGGCAUUCGACUUCCCCCUGACCGAGGAAGGCUGCAUGCGAAAUGCCAACAGAUUCAAGGAGAAGAGCACCGAUGGCAUUUUCUCCUGGGUCGUCGCCGCCGUGGAUGGUCUGUUCAUCAAGGCCAAGGCUCCGUGUGCGAAGGACACCGCCAACGUCAUCGCUUACUACUCCGGCUGCAAGUCCCCGUACGGCAUCAACCUUCUGACGCCGUACCCUGGGAGGCUCCUGCCGCCGGGUGAGGACUCGUGCAACUUCCACCUGAGCCAUCUUCGUGUCAAGAUCGAGCAGGGCUUCGGCAUCCUGGUUUCGACUUGGGGCAUUCUGUGGCGACCUCUCCGUGUGCAGUUCGGAGGACGUGCGGAUCUCAUCACGGCUCAUUUUCAUCUGCACAACUUCCUGCAAGACGAGAAGGUAGCGCCGAUCCAGCUUGCAGAGGAGGACUCCUGCAGCGGGCGCAACCGGCUGGCCCUCCGUGCUACGCAGCGCACCUUGCCGGCUGGCUGGCAAGCGAAGCAACCGGCUCCUUCGAGGAGCGGUGAGACCCCGGCCCGAGCGGCUAUCCGCAUGAUAGCGGCGCGGGAGGGAGGGGCGCGGGAGGGAGGUACCUCAAUGUAGAGGGCGAAGGGCGCUGGAACAACGUGUUUUGGGUGUUAGCGCUAGGGUGUCGGCACGUCCCGGGGAGAGGUGGGGGGUGUGAUGUGUGACAUGUUGAUUCUCGCUCACAUGUUUUGUGGGUGUCGGUGUGGAGCGUUCUGACCAGAUAUGUCCGGGUACACUUGGUUCGUAAUGUGUUUGUUCAUGCCGGCAACACUUUAUGGUUAACAUGCAUCGUGUGCGGAUGAAAGCGGGGUCUGGUAGGUCUCGGAGGGUGCUUGUUUUACCUAGGGCAUUAAAAGUGUGGGCAUGUUCGACUUUUGUUUUUUCCUAAUUAGGAGCGUAUGAAUCGAAAACGUUGUUGUCGUUGAUACAACUUUGAAUGGUGUCUCUGCAUCCCUGCAUUAAAUAUUCGUCGCGUGGGUGAAACAUUGCUCCAGGUUGCAGACCUGAAGGAGACCCACACACACGCUAAAAAUUGGGGUCUUGUCGAAUCCCAUCGCGAACACAUUCCUGCGCUUCAAGUGAGCAUGCGCGGAGACGGGAAAAAUAGUAAGGCUCCAAAUUUGCGGAACCCAAGCGUGCCUCAGAGUUCCCGUCAACACCC